AUGGAUAAGCUCUUGGAGGAAGAAUUCAUUGGCACCGUCUUAUGGGAAGAAAAAUCACUCCCCAAAGAUGCCAAGUCUGUUAUGGAUACCCUUAUCUUACAGACUAAUUUCACUCCAGCAUCUCUCAACAAAAUUUACUAUUUCAAGUCUGGGCCAAGAGGGAAGAGGGUUAAGAGUGGGUCUAUCUUUCAACCUGCUGCACACCAUGGCAUGAAUGCAGAAUGGCUGUUCGAUAACAGGAAUGUCCAGCCAAAGUUGUUGGUAGACUCCAGAAAACAGAAGAAGAGGGUGCAGAUGAGCAUGGCAUUGGCCAUGUUGACCAAUACAGAAGUGGAGAUAUUGGAUUCAUCUUUCACAAUGCCUGAAACCGACAAGAGCUUCGGUGCCAAAGGAUACAACAACAAGCACCCCAGCAAGAAGCAGCCUCAGGCAUCAGCAACAACAGAGGGCAAGUGGACCCUCCUCUUCAACAUAGUGCAAGCUGCCAUGCACAUGAUGUACAAGAAAAUUUUCCCCAAUCCCUCCACUGCAUUCCCCUUUGGUGCCAUGAACAUUAUCAGUGGCCCACCAAAGUGUAUUUGGUCCUCCCAAUUCUGUAAUACUCCCAUCCCAGACAACACCAAUGCACAGAAGCCAGAUAUUAUUCUGACCUCAGAUGGGACAGAGUAUGCACUCAAAGACUGUUGGGUCACCAAGGACAAGAAAAACCACGAGGUGACCAUUCUCAAGAUGGUUGAAGGAAUCCUGAAUGUAGUCAAGCUUGUGGCCCAUUGGGAUGUCCUCUACAAUGGGGAGCCAGACUGCACAUAUCGUAUUCAAGCUUCCCAUGGUGUUUGUACCUCUGGAGAACCACUUGUGUUCUACUCCUCGAAGCUUGAGCUGUUGAGAGCCUUCCAUGACUUUGUCUCGGCUCAUAGUUUAAUGCUCACAAGUCACGUCCUCCACGGAGACUUGAGUCCAAAUAAUUUUAUCAUCCAUGAUGGACAAGGUUAUUUUAUUGACUUUGAUCAUGCUUGCAUUAUUGUGGAAGGCACUGUUAGUGUUCCUUCAGAGGGCACGGGUACUAGGCCCUAUAUGUCAAUUUGUCUUCUCCGGGAGGGUAUUGCAAAGGGUGCAACAAUCCAACACACAGCAAGUGAUGACCUGGAGUCAUUGUUUUUUAUCUUUGUUGAAUUUGCAACCACCUUCAAUGGGCCAUGUGGCUUCAUGAAAGAUGAGGGCAGGAGGCCCUUGUGGGUUGAUAAAUUUGAGAUCUCAGGUGCUGAUCCCUGGUUGGCAAAGCAGGGAUAUGUGCUUGCACCUCACAAUGACUCAUCAUUGAUGGAAAAAACUACUUCAUUCUUCACACCAUUCAGUCAAAUCAUACAGGAGUGGCAUCAUCUAAUUCUAGCAGCAGCCAGUGACCCAAGCGACCCCCCCCCCCCCCCCAUUGGCAUAACUCAUGCAGCACUCGCAGUGCUCCUGAAAAAAUGGAUCUCUCAGCUCCCUGUGGAUGCUCCCACAGAAAUUAUGGUGCCCAUGGCAUCAUCAUCAAGAUUGGGACAUCCUCCACAUGAUGAUGUCCAAUCAUCUGCGGGUGCUUGUUGUUCUAUGUGCAUCCAACAGAGAGUGUCAUAG